UUCGGUCUUUGAAUGAUUAACUUCAUUCUUGAUCUGAGCGUGACGCGCUGCGCGAGUGAGCGUCAACCUACAAUAGCUUUUCCGAGUUUCUCUCUCUUUCUCUCUGUCGGCGUGCGAAGGUGUGCAACAUCACGGGUGGGUGGUUUCCGUUGUCACUGACAACCAGCCCGAAAUCAAAGCAUGAAGAUCGGGAUUACAUCACAGGCUCGUGCUGGGCUGGGUCUGUCCACUGCGCCAGGUGUGAUCACAGGCUUUUCUUGUGGGAACUCCCUUCAAGAGCCUUAUCCUGCUGUGCGCCUCCACGCAUCCAUAGCCCCAGGAUAUAAUGGAGGGAUCCCACAGUUGACACUUGCGUUUGGGAAGGACUUCAUCUGCUUUGAGUCCUGGUGAAACUUGUACAAGGAGCUGGCAUGCGGAUCAGAGCUCGUACAGAAAUGCCUGUGUUUUCUCCAGUUCUGACUCGUCGAGAGUUUCUUCCUCUUCUCCUCAUAAGUUUUAUUUUAUUGCCCCGCUUGCAGUGUGCUGGAUCGCGCAAACAGCCACCUGGAAUUGAACUAUUUGUUUCUGGACAGUCCAACACUGUAACCCAGAAAGUUCUUACAACAGAUGGCAAAGAGUGCAAGUUUCCUUUUCGCUUUGGUGGGGUGAUUUAUCAUCAGUGUAUCUCUAUGAACUCUCACAAGGCCUGGUGCUCGCUCACACACAACUUUGACCGCGACCAGAAGUGGGGUUUCUGCAGUGUACAAGCACGACUUUUUAAUGGGUUUCUUGCUUUGCGCCGCGGCCCGAGUCUAUGUCGGCAGAAUCCGUGUUUGAACGGCGGCGUUUGCACGACAGCCGCUCACCUCAACUCAUUUGAUUGUGUUUGUCCUGAUGGAUUCACUGGAGCUCUGUGUGAAAACAAGAAGUGCUACGAGCCGCUGCAUCUGAAGUACUAUGACAUCGGAGACUCGUGGGGACGGAUCCACCGGCGCUCCGUAGAGCUGUGCACGUGCCUCAGCGGAGGGGUGAGCUGCAAGCGGGCACGUUAUACGGUGUGUUUGAAAAAUCGCUGUGAAAAUGACGGAAUCUGUAGGCUGAUUGAAGCCACUGGUGAAGAGGUGUGUGGAUGUCUAUCCGGAUAUACUGGACAAUACUGUAACAUCAAUCCAGGAGAGCGGUGUUACCGUGAUUCAGGCGUUCAGUACCGCGGUGUGGCGAAUGUCACCGUCUCAGGGUCGUCCUGCCUGCCGUGGAACUCUGAUCUGCUUUUCAAUGAGCUGACGGUGGAGACGGUGGACAGCGCCACCCGCAGGGGCCUCGGGGAACACGCGUACUGCAGGAACCCUGAUCAAGAUAAGCUGCCGUGGUGUUACACAAUGACGGAGCAGGCCGUUUCGUGGGAGUACUGUGACAUUGAGCCCUGCUCCAAACCAUCGCCCGGCCGCAGAGGUCCCCUCAUUGCCAUCGCCCCACGUCCAUCCCGCCGUCCCGCCAGGACACAGGCGUGCGGGAAGCGGCACGAGAAGCGGAUCAGCCGGGGGCGUAUCAUGGGUGGGACGUCCGCAAUGCCCGGCUCUCACCCAUGGAUGGCAGCGCUGUACAUCGGAGAUGAGUUUUGUGCAGGAACGCUGGUCUCCUCCUGCUGGAUCGUGUCGGCCGCUCACUGCUUCCUGCGCAAUCCAUUGAAGUCACAGAUUCGGGUUGUUCUCGGCCAACACACCUUUAACGACACCGGUCCCAACACCAGGACCUUUGCUGUUCAGGACUAUACUUUAUACCCACGUUACAACCAAUUUGAGCCGACUUUAAAUGAUAUUGCUUUAGUGAAGCUGAAAAAGGUGGCUGGACGCUGCGCUCUGAAAACGCCGUUCAUCAGGCCCAUCUGUCUGCCGGAGAAAGACAUGACGUUUCCUGAUCACUCCUGCUGUAAGAUCUCAGGCUGGGGUCACAUGCACGAGAAGGCGAACUCAUACUCUCACCUGAUGGAGGGAGUGGUGAAGAUCAUCCCGUUUGAUCAGUGCUCGUCUCCAGACAUCUACGGGUCAGAGGUCAGGUCAGGGAUGCUGUGUGCGGGAAGUGAGUCCUGUGUGGACGCCUGUCAGGGCGACUCGGGCGGUCCGUUAGCGUGUGAGUGUGACGACACGAGUUUCCUGUACGGGAUCAUCAGCUGGGGAGACGGAUGUGGGCGCUCAGGGAAACCGGGCGUUUACACCCUCGUGCCCAAAUAUUUAGACUGGAUCAACAGCGUCAUCAAAAAAUCCAGAAAAAACACACGCCAAAAAAAACCAGUGAACAUAACAACGAUAGAAAUUUGUUUGGGGAGUCAGUGCCAAAGAUAACCAUAAAACACAACUGUGACUUUAUUAUUAAUGUAUUCAUUGAGGCUUUCCAUUCCAGUGCCCAUGUUACUGUGUAAUAAUAAUGAACCUGUGUUUUACUGCUAUUGUAUUUGUGUUAACAAGCAAUAUGGCAACACGUACACUGGAAUGGAAAGUGUUGUGUAAAGUUUUAUGUAUUGUUAUUAUUAUUAUUAUAUUAUAUGUUUUUUGCAUAUCAAUACAUUUUUGAGUAGAAGAUUGCUGUGAAAUAAAUGCGCCUUUUAAUCUGCACAAAAAAUGUUUUUGACAGUGUUUGAGUGAAUCUCAUAUUGGAAAGGUCAUUAUUUGCUCAUAAACGUGAAUGGACAGAUGCCAUUUCAAUGCAACCAUUUGCUGUUAAAUGAUAGUUUAGCGGCAUCAUUUGAACAGUAAUUUAUCUCACUACAUAUUUCAAGCAUAAACUAGGUGCACUGAAGGAUCUUCUAAACUUGCUUUCAUUCAGACAGGUCACUGUGCUGAAUUUCUAUUAUUCUGACAUGUCUGCACAUACUAAAUAAUGCAUAAUAUAUGUAUUAAUAUCUGUCAUAUUUCAACACAAUA